AUGCCCGCUGGCGUCGACAACAUUCCUCUCGACACCGUCCCGACCGUCGAGGACACCCCCGGCCUCCCGCGCCUAAAGUACAACAUGAUGGACUACAAAUGGAAGCUCAUCAUCGUCUCCUCCCUGCUCGUCAUCGAGUCUUCAUUGUUACCCAUCGCCCUCUUCUACGGCCUCUGGUUCGGCACCGACCUUCGCCACGGAAUCGUCUUCGCCAUCAUCACCGCCUUCUUCGGCCUAGUUACUGGCAUCGAAUUCGGGCUCCGUUCCCUUAAACUCAUCCUCCCGCGCGACGAAUAUCGCCCAUUGGGUACCGAUCCCGUCAAAGACCGGUGGAAAUUUGACUUCACCCAUAUGACGCUUUCGUUCGGGUACACGUACAUGACGGGCAUCCUGAUUGGCGCGUCGAUCCCGCACGAGCCGAUAGUCAAACCGUUGGCGAUGCCGGUGCCGCUUUUCUUUAUACAGAUGGGACUUCAAUUGUUGUGGACGGGGUGGGCGAACAAAAAACACAAAAAGGCGCCAUGCAGGAUUAGUUCGGUCCCCAAGGGAGGGAGGGUACCGCCAUUGGUGUUGACGAUUGUGGAGGAUAUUGUGGCGGUGGAUGGUGCUGGAGGCAAGGAGUAUAGGAGGGCCAUCAAUGCCAGGUACGAAGUCAGCAAGAGGUUUAGGGAGAUGAUUGCGAGACAAAAUUGGUUUUGGGGAGUGGGAGCGCUGGUGGAUGGGGCGGCUACAAUGAUUGUGAUUUGGACGAUACCGCAGGAGAUUGCGUAUGGUGUUGCUUGGGCAAGUCCCCUUAUCUUCUCGGCGAUAUGGACCGUCAUAACCGUCAUCUGGGUCAGACGAGAUCUACGACGAGAAAAGGCAGAAUGGCGAGCAAACGCUGAGCCGUCAUUGUCCACUGAGGACACAACCACACAGGAGAUGCAACAACACUCUGUUGUCUAA